AUGAAGCGAACGCCAGUGCUCAUACGAAAAAAGCAAAGUGACGACACAAAUCAGAACGGUGACAGUCAAAACCGUAACGAAGAAGGCAACGCGGAAGAAAGAUCGGAUUCGAAUCCGCUCUCCGUGAGCAAUCAGAAAAAACAGCACAAAGAAGGAGAAGAGAAGAAGAAAAUGGAAGCGAAGAUUCAAACAUUGGUGAAGAAGCGUGAAAUAGUAAGAAGAAAGAUGCAAAGGGUUUUUGUGGCGGUGUUGGAUCCAGAUAGUGCCAAUAACAAGAACAAACACUAUCUCCAGAUGCAAGUGGAAAUGCUGAAACGAUGUUACGUAGAAUUCAAUGACUUCCAAAACGAAAUCUACGACUUUCCUCUUAGCGAAGAGCGCCAAACGCAAGAAGAAAUGGUAUAUAUCGAAUUCGAGCAGGUUUAUAGCGACUUGAUUGUUCAGCUGACACAGAUGAUCGAAGAUACGAUGAAAGCUGAUCUACAACUAGCCCCCUCUCGACCACAGCCACAGAAUCAGGUAAUGCAAUCGAAUCUUCCGCCGUUGAAGGUACCAUUGCCUACUUUCGACGGUUCAUAUGAGAAUUGGUACGCCUUUCGCAGUAUGUUUGAGAAUAUUAUGGCCCGUUACAACGCAGAAUCGCCGGCUAUUAAGCUCUACCACCUUCGAAACGCGUUGGUAGGAAAAGCAGCAGGUAUAAUAGACCAGGAUAUCAUCAAUAACAAUGAUUAUGCCGCAGCCUGGAAAACGCUUCGAAAUAGAUUCGAGGAUAAACGGCUCAUUGUCAACAAGCACAUUGAAGCUAUUCUAAACCUUCCAAAAAUUACUAAGGAAAGUGCUGUUGAUCUACGAAGAAUGAUCGAUAUUUGCAACAAAAAUGUCGAUGCACUCACCAAUCUAAACCUGCCAGUCGUUGGGUUGGGUGAGAUGGUUAUCUUGAAUAUCCUAACAUCAAAAAUGGAUUACGAGACACGGAAGGCUUGGGAACUUGUGCAAAAACCGGGUGAGCUUCCCAAGUACACAAAUACGUUGGACUUCCUGAAUGACAGAUGCAAAGCUUUGGAGAAAAUUCAAACAACAGCAAAGACGUUCACUGAGCCGGCGAAGCUAAAUCGAUCGGCAGUAAAGACAGAGUUGAAAGGUCAUGCGCUCAUCACUGCGGAAGGACAGUGCGUUCAUUGCAAAAAACCGCAUCCAAUUUGGAAAUGUGAUGCAUUCAAGAAGGCUGAUUUUAUUACGCAAAAAUCCAGCCUAAUCAAGUCAGGAUCAUGCUUCAAUUGUCUACAAAGAGGACAUACAGCAAUCGAUUGUAAAUCAACACAUACGUGUAAGAAGUGUACCCAGAGACAUCACACGUUGCUUCACCAGGGAGAACCGAAAUCAACCACACCCCCCACAAAGGAAAAUCAGCAAAAGGACGAUGUAGAAUCCAGUUCCACACCAUUAAAUGGAAGUACAACCACCACGCUUUGCACCGUGGGUAAAACAGAACAGACACAGAGUCUAAUUGCGACGGCCGUGGUGUACGUUCAUGGAAAAGGCCACUCGAAAUUUGCUUGUCGAGCGGUGCUGGACUCAGCUUCCCACUCACACUUUGUUACGGAACAGUUUGCCACUUUGAUUGGUUUGAAACGAAAGCCUGCAUGCUGUGUCAUCUCUGGAAUCAAUGGACAGCAAGUUAACAUCAAGUUCAAACUUCAUACGAAGGUGGAAUCGAGAAUUAGCGAGUUUUCUACGAAUCCAUUAGAGCUGCUAAUAGUUCCAAAAAUAACUGGAGACCUUCCCUUGACUAAAUUCGACGCGAAGAUUGUACACAUUCCGACUGGCGUUGUUCUGGCAGAUCCAGCAUUCAAUUUGCCAGACAGAGUUGAUCUAUUGAUUGGUUCCGAAGUUUUCUUCAAGCUUCUGAAAUCGGGUCAACAUGAAUUCGGGGAUCAUCAUCCUUUUCUUCAAGAAACACAAUUCGGUUGGAUUGUAAGCGGACUAGUUCCUAUCGGAUUCCACACUGUAAGAAACAGUUUAACCAAUGUGGUUGAAGAAGACAAUUUGAACAGAAUUCUCUCCAAAUUUUACGAGGUGGAAACAUGCACGGAAACAUCGAUCAACGGAAAGGAAGAAGAGUCCUGCUUGGCUCAUUUCAAAGCGACUUACCAGCGGAAUUUGGCAGGUCGCUACAUUGUGAGGAUUCCAUUCAACGAUUUAAAAUUGAAGCUGGGUGAUUCCCGGAUUAUGGCGGAAAAACGUUUCUUAUCACUCGAGAGGCGGUUAGAUCGAGACCCUUUGUUGAAGGAGCAGUAUAAGGCAUUUAUUUGUGAGUAUGAGCACUUGAAUCAUUUACGCGAGAUGACACCAUCGAUCAGUGAGGAUGCAGGCAGUGCCUUCUACCUGCCUCACCAUUGCAUCUUGAAGCCAUCGAGUAGCACCACCAAGCUACGGGUUGUCUUCGACGGAUCAGCGGAGAGCAGUACUGGUGUUUCCAUCAAUCAAGCACAGCGUGCCGGUCCCACGGUACAAAAUGACCUUAUUUCCAUUUUGCUCAACUUCCGAUCGUACCGUUACGCUAUUAGCGCCGACAUUCCUAAAAUGUAUCGCCAGGUGGCGAUACAUCCUGACGAUCAACCAUACCAACGGAUACUUUGGAGAGAGAAUAGUGAUCAGCCAUUGAAGGUGCUACAGUUGACAACAGUGACGUACGGUUUGAAGUCGUCACCAUUUUUAGCAACUAUGUCUUUACUACAACUAGUAGAAGAUGAGGGUCAAGCGUUUCCCCUGGCAGCGCACGCUAUCAGUAGGUCAUGUUACAUUGACGAUAUGCUUUCAGGCGCUGAAAGCAUCCCCGAACUAUUUGAUUUGAAAGAGCAAAUGGACGAUCUAUUGGCCAAGGGAGGAUUCAGCCUCCAUAAGAUCUGCUCAAACUCCAUUGAACUACUGGAAGCGACUCCGGAACAUCAGCGUGAAAAUAGUCUGGAUAUCACAGACAAAACCAUCAAUAUUCCAAUUAAAACUCUGGGAAUCGCAUGGCAAUCACACAACGAUAUCUUCAGAAUAAGUAUUCCAACGCAGACUAACGAUAGGCUAACUAAACGAAGUAUCCUCAGUGAAAUCGCUAAAAUUUUUGAUCCUCUUGGAUUUCUUGGGCCAGUUUUGACUACAGCAAAACUUUUGAUGCGGGAGUUAAUUGAAUCAAAAUGGGACGAUCCGGUACCACCAAACAUUGCAGCACGCUGGAGUUCAUUCCGUGAAGAAUUAAAUUCACUUCAUGACAUGGAUUUACCUAGGCGUUUUAUCGUGGACGGUGCUGUGAGAAUUGAGCUUCAUGGGUUUUCGGAUGCAUCCGAUCAAGCGUGUGGCGCUUGUGUCUACGCGAGGUCAAUUUUACACGAUGGAACAUCACAACUGGUGUUGAUGUGCAGUAAGUCAAAAAUUUUGCCGAAGAAGAAGAAGGGAAAGCCUAAAACGAUAUCCACCCCACGCGCUGAAUUAGAAGCUGCAUUGUUGCUUGCCAAUUUGCUCAAGAAGCCAGAAAACCAGAGCAACUACUAG